UUACCUGACGGCGACGUUCUACGACUUACUUAAGAAACUCUACGAUGAGUGCAAUUCCAAAUGCGGUGCCAGGGGAUCAAAUUGCCACGUGAAAGCGUGCGUCAAAGAUUGUAGAACUACAUCCACCACGUAUCAACCGCCACGAUAUCACGAUCCCAAAUGCAAAUCCAUUGUACAGUGCAAUGCUACGCUGCCGACAUUGGCAAAAUACGGCUUUGUUCUCGGCGAUCCAGAGAGGCUGAACAGGGAUGGACAAUCGCAUACGAAACGCACGUGCAGAGAUUUCUGUGAUGUAUUUAAGGAGGCAUUUGAAGAAGACUCACAUCUUGUGAAGUUUUUCAAAACCAUUGAUAAUUUCAUGUUCACCAUCCGCGCACCCUUCAUCUGGCUCAAUGUCGCACUCUGGUCACUAUCUCUCUUUUACCUCAUCUGCGUAAUGGUUGGCAGACUGGAUGUGCUCCACAUCAGGUCACACCUGAGGAUACCGUCGUCGCACAAGAUAACGGCGCAAUCAUUGUUGGCGGCAGCGCAAGUCGGAAGGCUUGCCAAGAUAUCGUAUCUACAACCGUAA